AUGGGGGCAGAGAGAGCCGGGGAGAGGCAGAGAGAUAUGGGACAGAGAAAGGAGAGAGCCGAGGAGAAGCAGAGAGAAAGGGGGGCAGAGAGAGAGAGCCGGGGAGAAGCAGAGAGAGAGGGGCAGAGAGAGGGGGCAGAGAGAGGAGGGCAGAGCGAACCGGGGAGAAGCCGGGGAGAAGCAGAGAGAGAGGGACAGAGAGAGGGGGCAGAGAGAGCCGGGGUGAAGCAGAGAGAGAGAGGGGGGGCCGAGAGAGCCAGGGAAAAGCAGAGAGAGAGAGAGGGGGCCCCAGAGCGAGCCGGUGAGAAACAGAGAAAGAGGAGCAGAGAGAGGGGGCAGAGAGGGGGCAGAGCGAGACGGGGAAGAACAGAGAGAGGGGACAGAGAAAGGGUGAGAGGCGGAGAGAGAGAGAGAGAGAGAGAGAGA